UCAGCAGGAGGAGAAGAGUCUGACGGAGCACCAGACGAACAUUUUCAACCAUUUGGGCUCAGCUCAGCUGCUACAGUGGACAAAAAUGUCAUCAACACAAAAGCUGAUCAGCAGGAGGAGAGUCUGACGGAGGAACAUUUUCAGCCAUUUGGACUCAGCUCAGCCACUACAGAGGAAACAAUGAGCUCAACACAGACGGACCAACAUGGAGCAAGAAGUCAGCGCUCUCAGGAGGCCGACAAACCUCACAGAAGAAAGGGAGAGAAAAAAUACAGCUGUGAAGAGUGUGGGAAGGAUUUUACUCAGAACUCCAGCCUGAAAUAUCAUCAGCUCAUCCACACUGGGGAGAGACCAUUCACCUGUGACUUGUGUGGAAAGUCUUUUACCGAGGCCGGAAAGUUAAAAAGACACCAACUCAUCCACAGUGGAGUUAAAGCGUACAGCUGUGAUAAUUGUGGGAAGGAUUUUACCCAAGCCGGAUACUUGAAAAGACACCAACUCAUCCACAGUGGAGUUAAAGCGUACAGCUGUGAUGAUUGUGGGAAGGAUUUUACUCAGAGUUCUAGCCUGAAAUGUCAUCGGCUCAUCCACACUGGGGAGAGACCGUUCACCUGUGAGUUGUGUGGAAAGUCUUUUACCCAGCCUGGAAGCUUAAAAACACACCAAGUCAUCCACAGUGGAGUUAAAGCGUACAGCUGUGAUCAGUGUGGCAAAGCUUUUGCUCUCAGAGGCAACUUACGGCAUCAUCAAGUUACCCACUCUGAAACUAAGGCGUACAGCUGCGACAUUUGUGGGAAAACUUUCAGCCAUCGAUGGUAUCGAAAUAUUCACCAACGCAUCCACACCAGACAUGAUGUUUACUGCUGUGGUCAGUGUGGGAAACUGUUUACAACAGAUGCCCAGUUACAAAGCCACAUGCUUACCCACACUGAGGAGAGACCUUAUAAAUGUGACCUGUGUGAGAAGACUUUUAAAUCUCCACCUAACCUCAAAUCACACCAACAGAUCCACACCAGAAAGAAACUCUACAAGUGCAGUUACUGUGAGAAGCAGAGCGACACAGAUGGAUCCACUUCUCAACCCUGUCGUCACUGUGGUGGUGGGAAAGCGUUUCGUUGUGACCUUUGUGGAAAAACUUUCAAUAAUGAAAAGAGUCUAAAAGUACAUCAACGCAGACACACUGGAGACAAAAUGAACUACUGCAAAGAAUGUGGGAAAGGCUUCCCCACACCAAGUGGAUUAAAAGAACAUGAACUCUAUCACAGUGGGGUUAAAAAGCACGUCUGUGACCAGUGUGGGUCAUCCUUCACCAUUGCAUCUCAGCUUAAAGUGCAUAAACGAGUCCACACAGGAGAGAAACCAUACAAGUGCAGACACUGUGACAAAACUUUCUCACGUUCAUCUGUUUGUAACAAACAUGAACGUACACACAGAUCAACUGACCCAAGAUAUGAGUGAGCGUUUCAAACCUGGAUCAUAGACAGUAGGUGCUGUAAGCCCUGCCCUCUGUUCAAAGAUGGUUGUUCACAGUGAACAUAAAUGGCUUCUUUCCCUCCUCUUUCAAACCAUCUGUCUUCUUUGUCCAAAAUGUGAACAUUGGCAUCCUCAAAAGAGAGUCCUUUGACCUUUAGAUGUACAGCUGAGUCUUGUCCUGUCGAGGUGGCUCUUCCACGUUUUGCCGUGCUUUCAUGGGGUGGCUGUUUGGUUUUUCCUGUUGUUUGGAGAAACCAAACAGGACAGAGAAGAGAAAUGGUUUCAAGGAGGAGUGAAAGAAGCCAUCUAUGUCCAUUGGAACGUCUUCAGGAAAAGAAGUACAGUCGCUUUUCUUUCCAAACACCUUAGAUUACCGUAACCUGGAUGACUGAGAACCUUUAGAGACACAGGCUCCACAGAGUUCAGAUUGAAUCUCCUGUAAAGGGUGUCAGCUGAUGUCACAAUUUCGAAAGCUGGAAAGGUAUUGAUAUUAAGUUUUUUUUUCCUUUGGGAAUUUGACAAUGAUAUAGUAGUAGUUUUUGUAGUCUGAAGUACCAGAAGAAGCAUUUAAAGUUUGGUAGAUGCUUGUGUCCUGUUCUUCCAAAACUAAAUGAUUUCACACCAGUUGAUCUUAAAGUGUUCUUGGGAAGUUUGUGAUUAUCCUCUAGAACUCUGACGUAGAAGCUUUCAUCAAGUUCACUCAUGACAGAACCAUGAGAAUGUUUUUUUUAACCUUGGAUGGUAUUUUCUUAAGCCCAGAAAAUUGUUUUGUUUUGUUUCUUUAAACAUUUUUUGUAUUUUUAAUGUUUUAAAGU